AUGGCAGACAACAUACCCAACGAACCUCCGCCAUCUUACGCGGCUGCCACGGGAAGCUCGACAGCUUCAUCCAGACCUCAAGGAGACGCUGCCGCCAACUCAAGUUCACAUUUGGAUGUCCCUGGCAAGGGUAAGAUCUCUGAUGCAGCCCGACGAUCCAUGGAAGACGAGGGUCGCAAGCUACCUCCUGGAUGGGUGAGAUCGUACGACCCCGAGACACAUCAUCAAUUCUUCGUCGACACCACCAAGGACCCACCAACUAGCAUCUGGCAUCAUCCUUACGACGACGAAGCAUUCCUCUCGACACUCUCAAGCGAGGAACGCGAGCGUCUGGAACAUGAGAGCAUGCAGCGCAAACAAAACCCAACAAAAGAAGAAGUCAUCGCAGCCCAUAGCGAAGACGAAGAAGCACCGCACUACACAGGCGCUCCCGCCGAACUCCCGCCACGACCACCAGGCAAAGGCAAAGCUCCCGAGCAAAAGAGCUUCGGCCGACGCUUCAAAGAUAAGAUGACAGGCAUGACACAUGAGCAACGAGUCCAGGAGCGACAACGGCAAGCCGCCCACGAGCGCGAGCUAUGGGAAACCCACCAACGCAUCCGACAAGCCAUGGCCCAGGCCGCACACACCGGCCAGCCCGUCCACGUCGGCAAAGAUAGCACAGGACGCGACGUAUACGUGGAGCCGCCGUACGGCGGAGGCUUCAACAAUCGAUACCCAGGCAUGAAUCCCGGCAUGAGAUACAACUACGAUCCCUACGGCAUGGGCUCGUACACGACGCCGAAUGCUAGGUUCAUUCGACCUGCUGGACCCUACGGACGACCUGUGGGUAGUGGAUUCGGUGGUGCCGGUUUGCCCAUUGCCGCCGGUGCUGGUCUGGGAUUGCUGCUUGGCGGUGCGCUGUUGUUCUAA